AUGAAUCAGGCUCAGUACAUAAAAGGCAUGCUUCAAAGACAUAGUAUGGAAGUGUGUCGAGCAGUUGCUACUCCAUUGGAUGCUGGUUUCCAAGUGGCGUGCAGUGACGAGAAAUGUGUCAUACAGGAUGUGACAAUGUAUCAGUCAGCAAUCGGAGAGUUGAUGUGGCUUGCAUUAACAUCAAGACCUGAUAUCUACCAUUCAGUUAUCAAAUUAGCGCAAAGGAAUAAGGAACCUCACAGUGAACAUGUUGCAGCAGUUAAGCAUGUUAUGAGGUAUUUGGCGGCAACGAAGGAUCUUAAGUUGCACUACCGAUCGUGUGGAGAUGCUCUUACGGGAUACGCUGACGCAGAUUGGGGCGGUGAUGUGAGCAACCGCAAAUCGUACACAGGGUACGUGUUUUUCUUGGCAGGUGGCCCUAUUUCCUGGAAGUCAGAAAAACAAUGCAGUGUGGUGUUGAGCAGCACAGAGGCGGAAUACAUGGCUAUGUCUUCAGCGGCGAAAGAGGCUUUGCAUUUGAGGCGAUUGUUGAUCGAGAUUGGAUGUGGAGACGCUGGGACAUCUACGAAAUUGUUUGGAGACAAUUUGAGUGCUCAAUCUCUGGCCAAGAAUCCUGUGUUUCAUGCUCGAUCGAAACACAUUGACAUCAGACAUCAUUUCGUUCGAGAAGUUGUUACAAGAGGCGAGAUUGAUCUGGACUAUAUAUCAACUAAGGACAUG